AUGGUUCUCCAGUCCUUUGAUGUAAGUGGUUUGCAACUUGCUUUAGCUGAGCGUCAGUCAGAGAUGCCAGCACAGAGUAAAUCUGGCCUGCCUUGUGUGGUUCCUGACCCUGAUACCAAGCCAAUAAGCUUUGAGCAGUUUGGCAAGCCAGGUGCUAUCAAUCCAGAUGUUCAGAGGCAGACCAUAGAGGCCCUGCUGACCCCAAACAAACCUCCAUCAGAGAGCUGCAUGAAGCCAGAAUUUAUAAGACUUGCCCCUCCAUUACAUAUAGCAGAGGAUGAGCUGCUCUGGAUGAAUCCAACAGAAGUAGAACACCGCCCAUCUUGGGAUGCCACCAUGUGUGUCACCAACUCGGCAGGCGCGGAGGUCCGUAGACUCAUGGCCAAAGCCUUCAAGGGACCACUGCUGUUACAGCAGCAACAACAGUUACUGGGAGAGCUGGAAAAAGACCCCAAGCUGGUGUAUCAUAUAGGUCUUACACCUGUGAAGCUCCCAGACCUGGUGGAGAACAACCCAUUGGUUGCUAUUGAAGUGUUACUCAAAUUAAUGCAGUCCAAUCAAAUUACUGAGUACUUCUCUGUGUUAGUAAACAUGGAAAUGUCUCUGCAUUCAAUGGAGGUGGUUAACAGGCUCACUACAGCUGUUGACCUACCAUCAGAGUUCAUUCACCUGUACAUUUCCAACUGUAUAGCCACAUGUGAGACCAUCAAGGACAGGUACAUGCAGAACAGACUAGUGCGACUGGUCUGUGUAUUUCUGCAGUCACUCAUCAGGAAUAAAAUUAUAGAUGUCAAGGACAUAUUCAUUGAAGUACAAGCAUUUUGUAUAGAGCACAGUCGGAUCCGUGAAGCAGCUGGACUUUUCCGAUUAUUAAAAACAUUGGACAAUGGUGAACAGCCUCCACCUCCUGGACCAACCAAGUGACUUUACACCCUUCACAAGUUCCUACCAGAAUGUUAAGAGAGAGUUCUGUAUCAGAUUCCAUGGCUCCAAACAUAUGUAGCCUAUCUUGUCAUUGGCCAUAUUUGUAAACUCCAAAGUACUAUGUAAGAGGUUUUUCAUGGUCUCUUGAUAGGAUGAUGAAAUAAAAUUCUUCUGUACUUAGAGACUAAACUAACGUCAGUCAAACACGUUUUGGUCCACCUCCAAAAUUGUGAAAUGGUACAUACAUCAUCCGCUGACUGACUUACAGAUAAAAAGCAUAAGGCCAGUGUGGAGAUGUGUACUGUUGACACGGGCCCAGAUGUGAACCAUUGCUCUGGAGGAUUCCUUUCACUACGUUGUACAGGAUACGGAUGCAAUGAACCAUCUCUGUUGAACAGUUGAAGGAAAGUGGGGAAAAUAUGGCUCAUUUGUCAGUUUUCUUCAGCUGAUAUUUUUCCAGGAAAUAGUCAUUUGUUAUCUUCAAUACCAACUCUUAUGGAGCAUAUCCAUACACGAUAGCCAAUUUUGGAAACAAAAUGAGUAAAUUCAGUAAAACAUUUUUAAAACCAUGAAGUUAUUGUGUUAGUUACCGAAAUGAGAAAUCAAGUGACACUUAAUUGUCAGUUUAAUAUUCAUGAACCCAUUAACUGAAAUCUUCAUAAUUGGUGAAGUGAACCUCUGAACUAAGAGCUACUUAGGAAUUUGUCAAC